AUGUCGGACCGGAUGGCGAUACGUGUCGACUCGCCACGGAGACUGUUUUCUUUCAACGCGGGAACAGUUUCCACGGACGCUGAUCUGCCUGCCCUUCUUGGAGCUGCAGAGCGAAUCAAAUAUCACGUGAUUGCUCUGCAGGAGACCAAGUGCAGAAGGAGCGACGUACGACAGAUGAAUGACGGUACACUCGUCAUUCGUGGAGAGAAGGUUCCGUCGCGAAAAUAG